ACAAAUCACAUCCACCGUCGGAAAACCUGAAACCAAACCCUAGAACAGCAAACGGAUCGGAUACAGAUUCCUGACUUUGACCCAGUAAACGCGUUCGUCUCCUGCUCCCGAUCAAUAUAACUACGCAGAGCCCCGCCUCCACAAUCCACUAUAGCGCACGAUCGAACUCGUCGCGGCAGCCAACCAGCAAUGGCGCUCAAGGGGCGGUCGUCGUUCGCGAAGCAGCCGCGGAAGUCGUGGCGCGCGAAGCUGAUGACCCUGGAGGUGACCGUACUAUCGGCGGAGAAGGUCGUCACGGGGUGGCUCUGGCGCCGCCCGCUGGAUCGCGACGCGUUCGCCGCGGUCAACACAGACUCGUCGUCCGCCCGUACCGGCUUCAACGACGAGGACGGCGACUGCAAUGGGUACCCCUACUGGGGCGAGGCCGUGCGCGUGACGGUGCCGAAGCAGUCGAGGACGAUCGACGUGGAGAUCUACCGCCAGAGGGGCGACGGCCGGCAGGAGUUCGUGGCAGCGGCGCUCGUGCCCGUCGCGGACUUCCGCGCCGGCCCGCCGGGCCACCUGCAUUGCCUCAGCUACCGGCUGUUUGACACCGGGCUCAUGAUGGAGACCCGUAACGGCAUCGUCAACAUCACCGUCAAGAGGCUCGACGGCGCGCAGGCCAGUGCGACGGCGGGCGAAGGGAAAGGCGCGAAGGCUGCGGAGGAUGCCACCAAGUUGCAUUAG